CAGCGGGGCAGAGGAAAGAUGGCAGCCGCGGCGGUGGCUGAGUUUCAGAGAGCCCAGUCUCUACUGGGGACAGACCGGGACGCGUCCAUCGACAUCCUGCACUCGAUAGUGAAGCGGGACAUCCAGGACAGUGAUGAGGAAGCAGUGCGUGUUAAAGAGCAGAGCAUCCUGGAGCUGGGAGCCCUGCUGGCCAAGACCGGACAAGCUGCAGAACUGGGGGGCCUGCUCAAGUAUGUACGCCCCUUCCUCAACACCAUCUCCAAGGCCAAGGCAGCCCGGCUGGUCCGCUCCCUGCUCGACCUCUUCCUGGACAUGGAGGCCGCCACAGGUCAGGAGGUGGAGCUCUGCCUGGAGUGCAUCGAGUGGGCCAAGACUGAGAAGAGGACCUUCCUCCGACAGGCGCUGGAGGGUCGUCUCAUUUCGCUGUAUUUCGACACAAAGUGUUACCAGGAAGCACUAACACUCGGCACCCAGUUGCUGCAGGAGCUGAAGAAGAUGGACGACAAAGCCUUGCUGGUGGAGGUUCAGCUGCAGGAGAGUAAGACGUACCACGCUCUCAGUAACCUUCCCAAGGCCCGGGCCGCCCUCACCUCCGCCAGGACAACCGCCAACGCCAUCUACUGCCCACCCAAACUACAAGCAGCUUUAGACAUGCAGUCAGGGAUUAUUCACGCAGCAGAGGAGAAAGACUGGAAGACGGCUUACUCCUACUUCUACGAGGCCUUUGAGGGCUACGAUUCCAUCGACAGCCCCCGAGCCAUCAUAGCCAUCAAAUACAUGCUGCUCUGCAAAAUCAUGCUCAACUUGCCAGACGAUGUCCAAGGCCUCAUCAGCGGCAAGCUCGCUCUGCGGCACUCUGGCAGAGAGACAGACUCUAUGAAGUGUGUGGCACAAGCCAGCAAGAACCGGUCGCUCGCAGACUUUGAAAAGGCACUUACAGAGUACAAACCUGAGCUGAGUGAUGACCCCAUCAUCAGCAACCAUCUCACCACGCUGUACGACAACCUGCUGGAGAAGAAUCUCAUCAGGGUCAUUGAACCUUUCUCCAGGGUCCAGAUCGCACACAUUUCCUCCCUCAUCAAACUAUCAGAGGGAGACGUGGAGAGGAAACUAUCACAGAUGAUUCUGGAUGAGAAGUUUCACGGUAUUCUGGACCAAGGCGAGGGUGUCCUGAUCGUCUUCGCUGAGCCGGUUGUGGACAAGACGUACGAGGCGGCGCUGGAGACGAUUCAGAACAUGAGCAAAGUGGUGGACUCGCUCUACAACAAAGCCAAGAAGCUCACAUAAGAAAGAGAGAGGUGUCCGGAGUGACGUGGACCAAUCAGAACUCGUGGAUCGCUCACUUCAACCCAGGAGGGGAAGGAGGAGGGGGGGGGGGGAAUGAGGAGAGAACAAACACUCAACAAUCCAGCGAGGACGUAAACCAGUUGACCAACUGAAGACCAACCAACAGAUCAACAACGUGUCGGGGGGGGGGCACACAGCCCCCGACCACCCCCCGACCACCCCCCCAGUCCUCUGCUCGCCCCCUCCUCCCUGUCACUGUUUCUUCCUUCAAAUCUGACCAGGGUUGAUCUGGCACCAAGUGCUCCCCCCUCUGGACAAACCCAGGCACUGCGCCCUCUUCUCCCACCACUGGUUUGUACUGUUUGUAAAACUGGAAAGCCCCCCUGCCCCCACACCUGUUUCUCUCUGCACUGGCCGUCAGGGAAUCUUGUAAAAUAACAAUAAGGAAAAACCUAUACCGUACUUAAACUUACAUAUAUUGUAAAAAAAAAAAAAAAAACACUGCUUGCUCUGUUCGGACUGUUUGUGAACAUCCGCCCUGAGGGAUCCGAUCACACUUGGUCAGCGCUGAGUUCAGAUCCUGACCACAGGCAGAGGUCGUCCGAGGACACGUGAGGACACAUGUCCACUUAUCGAUUAGCUUCUCUCAAUCAUGACUCGUAAAGCAAAACAUAUCAUGUGACCGGUUCUGGUUUGGAGUCUUUGCUGGAAGUGAGCAGAGUAAACAAUCUGCUUUCUGUUUCACUGAGUGGUGAUCAAACACUCGUGUGGAUGGAGAUUAUAUUAGUUUAAAAAGAAAAAUCUACCAGUGUGGAUAAAGCCUCUAGUUCUCUUUCUGUAACACACACACACACACACUUUUUCCUCACACCAAAACAUCAUCAUGAGGUCCUGGAACAGAAGAGAUUUGUGAAUUCACUCAGAUCAGGGAAGUGAAACGAGCUGAACAUCUGUGAUCGAUCUCUCAGGACCAUGUCAGGGCAGUCGUGAAUUAUUCAGGAUAAUUCACGACCCUGAGAGUGAAUGUUUGAAAUUCAGAUUCCCCCCCGCCUCCUCUCCCUCACCUGGCUCCCCCUGACUGGUCGGACUCAGCCACAAGGCAUUCUGGGAUUUAUGGACCCUACAGGGUAACUUCUCUUCUAAUCCCCCCCGCUCUGGGACCACAGUGAGAGGAGGAUGGACACACUGGGGUCUCCACACACCCCCCCUCCCACUUCCUGUUUGUAUAUACCAGUUGCCAACAUCAUCCAAGGCCUGAUUAUAGUCACAGUCUUUUCUUUUCUUUUUGUAAAGCGUCAACGAACCUUGAACCUUGGUGAGUCACAAAGUGCUUUCUGACGCUGGAGCCGUGACGGGAGAGAGAGAGAGAGAACUCUUUUUGUCCUGCGAUGCGGAAAAGGCAGAGUUUCUGCUGAAGAAAAAUCAAGCUGUACAUUUCUGGGAACAAAAUUUUGAAAAGACUCGAGGGUUUACCGUAUAUGGCCGAGAAAGACAAACGCUAAUAAAAAUAAUGAAAUGAAAACUGUAACUGGUUUGAUUUUAGGAUCCUGCAGAUGAGUUUUCAUCUUUGCCUGGUUAACGUGAUCCUCUGAUAUGAUGAGAACUUUUAUUUCAUGUCUCUUGUUCCUUGGCUGCCUCUGACUCCCGACCUGCUUCCCACCAGGCAGGGCUCGGGGGUGCAGCUGAGGCUUCAUGUAAAAUCAUUGUACAGUCAUUUUAACUGAAGUAACACUUUGAUUAAAAAAGACAAAAUGUG